AUGUUACUUUUUAUGAAAUCUCAACUUGGUAUAUUUGUUGAGUGUCGUGAUACUAAGCAAAACGCAAAGUUAGAGGUUGGUUUUAAAAAAAUCGUGGUUUCACCAAAACCAACAAUCAAAAUAAUAUAUUGCAGUGUCUAUUUCGCAAUUGUUGGCAGAUUCCUGGUUGGCGUAUCUGAUUCGCUCUUACAGCCUUCCGUAAAUUCGUUGUUAACACGCUGGUUCCCAUCAGCUGAACGGAGUUACGCGUUAGGACUGGCCACUGGUGGAAGACAGCUUGGUACCCUGGUGAUUGUCCCAGUAGCUGGAGCUUUAUGCAGUCAAACAGUUAUCUUUGGUGGCUGGCCAUCGAUCUUCUACAUUUCCGCUGCUUGCGGGCUACUGUUUGUCUUGAUUUACACAGUCAUUGGUGCCGAUAAACCGUCCAAACAGACGUGUAUCACAGACUCUGAACUUAAGUUCAUCACCAUCUGCAACUCCAGCGAAGAUAUUGGUAAAAAGCGAAUGGAAAGAAAGGUGCCAUGGUUUCGUAUAAUUUCGUCGAUGUCAGUUUGGGCAUCUGUAAUUUCUGUAAUAUGCCACGAAUUCCCACUGAUGACAAUGAUCAUGUUUUUGCCAAGUUAUUUACACGAUGUCCAUCACUAUAAAGCAACAGAGAAUGGUAUCCUAUCAGCACUACCAACAGCUUCGCUAUGGAUGAGUAAACUCUUUUCCUCCUACAUCAACACAUGGCUACAGACAAAGACCAAACUCAGGCAAACAACCAUUUGCAAACUUUUGAACUCAUUAGGUUCUGUAGGGUUAGCCGCAUUCUUACUUGCCUCAACAUUUAUUGACUCCUCUCAUGCUUCAAUCGCCGUAAUAUUCUUAUGCGCAAGUAUGGCAUCCGCAGGUUUACAUACGCCUGGUUGCCAGACAGCUUUAGUAUCGCUAGCACCAGCAUUUUCUGGUGCUAUAACUGGACUGGCGUUCUUCUUUGUGGCCACUGCUGGAAUUGCAAAUCCACUACUAACUAAAUGGAUUGUCCAGAGCGGUUCACACGCAGAGUGGAAUUCAGUUUUUUACAUUUCAACUCUUAUUGCACUAGUACCGGUAAUCGUUUUCAAUAUCUGGGGAUCCGCUGAUGUACAGGUAAACAACUUCUCAGUCUCCGAUACAUUUAAACAAUUACCAACACCAAUAUCACUCGACAUGCCAGUUGUGACAAAGUGA